GAUGGACACGACAAGCAGCUUCCUAUAUUUGAUUCAUCCGAGAAUCCGACAGAGGAGGAGGAGAAGUCAUCAGUUGAGAAAAGAUGGCGGAUGUGGCGCGUGUAGGUCGUCUCGUACUCGCUCCGAUGCUGUUCCUUCCCCUGUUGCUGUCUCUCCUCAGCAUCUCCGACGGCUAUGUCACCCACCGGACGGAGCUCCGGGGCCUGUCUCAGUCUCAGAGCGGCAAUUACUUGACCACCUCCGAGCUCUGGUUCAAUCAGACCCUCGAUCACUUCUCCCCUUAUGAUCAUCAUCAAUUUGCUCAGCGGUAUUAUGAGUUCCUCGACUACUUUCAGAUGCCGGAUGGGCCGAUAUUUUUGAAGAUUUGCGGUGAAUCUGCUUGCAAUGGAAUAACAAAUGACUACAUCAGUGUCUUGGCAAAAAAGUUUGGGGCAGCUGUUGUUUCUCUUGAGCAUCGGUAUUAUGGGAAGAGUUCACCUUUUACAUCUUUGACGACUGAAAAUCUAAAAUAUCUGUCAUCAAAACAAGCCCUCUUUGACUUGGCUGCCUUUCGCCAGUUUUAUCAGGAUUCCAUCAGUUCGAAGUUCAACAAAUCAAAUAAGGAAAAUCCUUGGUUUGUCUUUGGAGUUUCAUAUUCUGGUGCUCUCAGUGCAUGGUUUCGGCUUAAGUUUCCUCACUUGACUUGUGGAAGCCUCGCAAGUUCUGCUGUCGUUCAGGCUAUAUAUGAAUUCCCUGAAUUUGACCGGCAGAUUGGAGAUUCAGCUGGUGCAGAAUGUAAGGCUGCAUUACAAGAAAUUACUCAGCUUGUGGAGCAACGACUUCCAUCGGAGGGGAAGGCUUUGAAGGCACAGUUUGGUGCUGCCGAGCUUGAUGUUGAUGGUGAUUUCUUCUACUUCCUGGCAGAUGCAGCCGUUACAGCAUUCCAAUAUGGAAAUCCUGAUAAAGUAUGCUCCCCCAUUGUCGAAGCCAAGAAAGCAGGAAAGGAUUUGGUGGAUGCAUAUGCCAAAUACAUAAAAGAUUAUUUCCUUGGAACCUUUGGUGAGCGACCACAAACCUAUGACCAGAAACACUUGAAGAAAACGGCUUUAACUGAAGAGAGUGGUAGUCGACUUUGGUGGUUCCAAGUCUGCACAGAAGUUGCGUACUUCCAGGUCGCGCCCUCCAAUGAUAGCAUUCGAUUGUCAAAAGUUGAUACAAGGUAUCAUCUGGAUCUCUGCAAGAAUGUCUUUGGCCAGGGGAUCUAUCCUGAUGUUGAUGCCACAAAUUUAUACUAUGGUGGCAAUAAGACAGCAGGUUCUAAGAUUAUUUUCACUAAUGGCUCACAAGAUCCUUGGCGUCAUGCAUCAAAACAGACCUCCUCCCAAGAUAUGCCCUCCUACAUCAUUUCUUGCUAUAACUGCGGUCAUGGAACUGACAUGCGAGGGUGCCCCCAGUCUCCACUAAGCCUUGAAGGUAAUGCUGAGAAGUGCACCACCCCCGAUGCGGUACACAAAGUAAGGCAGCAGAUAAUCGAGAACAUGGACCUAUGGUUAUCUGAGUGCCAUGACCCCCUCAGGAGGUCCAUAUGAAUUAACCUAAAACCUUACAAUCCACGGCAAGUAUUCUCGCUGCGUGAAACUUCUAUGGCACCAUGCUCGCUAGGAAAGAAUGCAGAUGGAAUAAGCCAUGAAAAAGAAUUUAGCGGAAAGGGUCGACUCGUGUAUGUGUAUAUACUGGAGACUGCAUACUUGUUUUCCCUGUCUUUUCCGCUGCACGUGUAAUGUCCUGUAACCAUGAUGUCUUAUAAGGAAGCACUUUAGUUGAUGGUUGGCUCUUGAAAGAACUGGUGUUUAUAUUCAUUUAUGAUGUUUUUUGGAGCA